AUGGCCAGUGGUCUUCGAAUCCUAGUACCCGUCAAGCGGGUCAUCGACUAUGCGAUCAAACCCCGGAUCAACAAGGCCCAAACCGGAGUCGAAACCGCCGGUGUCAAGCACUCGCUGAACCCCUUCGACGAGCUCUCCAUCGAAGAGGCCGUCCGUCUGCGCGAACGCAAGGGCCCCCUGAAGGUCGACAACAUUCUCGCGCUCUCCGCAGGCGGAGCCAAAUGCGCCGACACCCUCCGCACGGCCAUGGCCAUGGGCGCGGACCGCGCGUUCCACAUCGACGUGGCCGACAGCAACGACGGAGGCCUGGAGCCCCUGACCGUGGCCAAGAUGCUGAAGGAGGUCGUCAACAAGGAGGACAUCAACCUGGUGCUGCUCGGGAAGCAGGCCAUUGACGGCGACCAGGGCCAGACGGGUCAGAUGCUGGCGGGUCUGCUGGGGUGGCCUCAGGCCACGCAGGCCAGCAAGGUCGACGUCAAGGACGACAAGGGCACCGUCGAGGUGACUCACGAGGUGGACGGCGGUGUCGAGACCCUGCGGGCUCAGUUGCCCAUGGUGAUCACCACGGACUUGCGGUUGAAUGAGCCACGAUAUGCCAGUCUGCCCAACAUCAUGAAGGCCAAGAAGAAGCCAUUGGAGAAGAAGACCCUGGCCGACUUUGGCGUUGAGGAUAAGAAACGAUUGAAGACGUUGAAGGUGACCGAACCUCCCGCCCGCCAGGGUGGCGGAAAGGUCGAGGAUGUGAACGGACUGGUCUCGAAGCUGAAGGAGCUGGGGGCUCUGUGA